CCCCCCCCCCCCCCCCACCAACUGUCCAACGGUAGCCCGCAUUAUCUGUUACCUGAUGGAGACGACAACGAUGGCGGCCCGUCCCCGCUCACUAUCACUGUCCUCCUCUUCAUCAUCGAGUAAAUACCAUACCGCCCCGACGACGCACGGCCGGCUCGAGUACCCGCCGACCCCGUCGCCGACCACGACAGCCUCGACAGCCUCGACAACGGCCUCGAACUCCACAACGACCUCGACCACGCCGCUCCGCGCGCACCCCCGCCCCCGUCGAGACCCGUCGAUGACGCCCGGCUCCUCCACGCCCGUCGAGACCACGCCGUCAUCGACGUGGUGGAACUACUUCUACGCGGCGCGCGACCCGGAGGCCGCCGCCGCCGCUGCGCCGCCCGUCCCCGAAAAGCACGUUACGCGCGAGGUCUCCGUUGUAGCGGAUGUGGCGCGCCUCGCCGGCGCGGGGAUGUUGUGGGCUGUUGGGUGCUGUGGGCUGUGCCGGGGCGUCAGGGGAGAGGGGUAGCAUAGGUAGCAUAGCAUAGCGCGCGCGAGGUUGGGGGCUGAGGGGCUGAGGGCUGAGGGCUGAGGGCUGAGGGCUGAGGGAGCGGUGUAUUAGUACUCUACGCAUAUUGUGUUCUGCGGUGUUUCGGACUCGGUUUUGGGUUUUUUGACUACUUUGGGUAGACGGAUCAUGGUUUGGCGUAUCAAUAGACGGAUUUAUUGUUUCGAUCUGGAUGCGGGCUUGGGAUAAGUGCGACACGCGAUGGUGGGCGGUAAUGGACGUGUUCACGUGACUUAGUUUGAGCUGGAGGAGGACGAGCGUUUUCUGGGUGGGUGGGAAUGGAUGCGUGCGGCAGGAUGACGGGAAUGGACCGGCAAGCUGAGCUAACAGCGGGUAUAGAGU